ACCUGCACAGCUCACCACUGUGGGGAAACGCUGCUGCUUGUGGAUUCAGGACUUGUGCAUGGACCUGCGGAACCUGGAGCGGGCUCGGGAUGACCUGCGCUUUCGGGGUGUCAAAGGCACCACCGGCACUCAAGCCAGCUUUUUGCAGCUCUUUGAGGGAGACCAUAAUAAAGUUGAAGAGCUGGACAGAUUAGUAACUGCAAAGGCAGGAUUUAAGCGGGCUUUUAUGGUCACAGGGCAGACCUAUAGUCGCAAGGUGGAUAUUGAAGUCCUGUCUGUGCUGGCCAGUCUGGGGGCAUCUAUACACAAGAUCUGUACUGACAUUCGUCUUUUGGCCAAUCUGAAGGAGAUAGAGGAGCCUUUUGAGAAAGACCAGAUUGGUUCAAGUGCUAUGCCUUACAAGAGGAAUCCAAUGCGUUCAGAACGCUGCUGCAGCCUGGCUCGACAUCUGAUGACUCUGGUGCUGGAUCCCCUCCAAACAGCCUCUGUGCAGUGGUUUGAGCGAACGUUGGAUGACAGUGCCAACAGGCGCGUGUGUCUGGCUGAGGCUUUCCUCACAGCUGACAUCAUUCUGAGUACACUGCAGAAUAUCUCCGAGGGACUUGUGGUAUAUCCAAAGGUGAUUGAGAGGAGGAUCCGUCAGGAGCUGCCGUUCAUGGCCACAGAGAAUAUAAUCAUGGCGAUGGUGAAAGCAGGAGGCAAUCGUCAGGAUUGCCACGAGAAGAUUCGUGUUCUCUCCCAGCAAGCAGCUGCUGUUGUGAAACAGGAAGGGGGUGAUAAUGACUUAAUUGACCGUGUUCGUGCUGAUCCUUACUUUAGCCCCAUCCAUAAACAACUGGAAAGCCUGUUAGAUCCCUCCUCUUUCACUGGACGUGCUCCUCAACAGGUGGCAAAGUUCCUGAAGGAGGAGGUUCGACCGGCGCUGAUUCCAUACCAAAGUAAGAUGGGUGGGAAAAUUGAGCUGGCACUUUAGAUAUAUUCUGCAAAGGUGUGUGGGUACAGAAAGAUAAUAAAAGCCUUAUUGAACCA